AUGCGCCGCAACAAGGACCGGCUGUCCCACGCGAGAUCGACCAUGGCCUACGGCAAGCUCUCCGGCCCAGUCGGGACGCACGGGACGGUGCCUCCAUCCAUAGAGGCAGCGGUAUGCGAGCGCUUGGGCCUGAAGGCAGCGCCUGCAUCCACACAGAUACUCCAGCGCGACCGUCACGCUGAGUACGUCACGACACUGGCCCUCAUCGCGGCGUCGCUGGAAAAGUUCGCCACUGAGAUCCGCGGCCUGCAGAGGACGGAGAUCCGCGAGGUGUCUGAGCAUUUCCCGAAGGGGCAGCCCGGCUCCUCCUCGAUGCCGCAUAAGCGGAACCCAGAGCUAUCUGAGCGAGUGUGCGGGCUGGCCCGUCUGAUUCGCGGCCAUGCCGUCACAGCCCUGGAGAACGUGCCCUGUGGCACGAGCGCGACAUCAGCCACUCUUCCGCCGAACGGCUGA